UCCCAACGACGCCAAUCAGCUCAUAUCGAUCUCAUUUUCGGUUUGCCAAAAUAAUGAAAACAUGACUGAAUCACCAUCGCCAUUUAACAAAGAGCUCCUCAACAGACUCACGACGGGUAUAAGCAAAAGUUUAGAAAAGAGGCCAGGAGUAUGUGACAUCAUACUAACUGAGAAACCACAAGCCCAUCGUCAUCAACUCACAUCUUGGGAACAACGGAAUUCCUGCCUCUUGCCAGAAGACUUUAAAAAUCUCUAUCAGAUGACAGAUGGCUUGCUGCUGCAGUGGAGUGUUAAAUUAGAUGGGGACAAUGUUGAGCCUCUUGGGAGGAUGGAGCUCAACUCAAUCUCUGAUGUAACAAAGAUUGCCGGUGAAAAGAUAACGAGAAGAAAUAAUCCUACCAUUGCUGAUCUUGAGGAGGACUCUGAUGGAGAACACGAGAUGGAUGAGACACCAAGCUUUGGACCAAGCAGUAGGGUCUUUGAGUUGGAUCCUUGCCAAGGUUGUGGGAAGGUGUGCCUUGUCUACAGGAAUACAAAACCAGGCACACCAGCUGAAGUUGCAGAAAUCUGGUUUCUAGACACUGCCCUCCGGUGGCACUUCCUCACCAGUACCUUCGCUCAGUACUUCCGUCUCAUGAUGGUUCAUUUAGGGCUCCCUCAGUGGCAGUAUGCUUUCACGGAUGUUGGCCUCAGUCCUUCUGCUCGGCAAUGGUUUAAUCUGUAUGGUCCUUACCGGCUGCAAGUUGACUCUAUACUGACUGAGAUGUUUGGGCCUGAGGAGAAAGAGGUAGAUGAAACCAUACCUGAAGGUGUAUCGAUACAGAAGCUUGAUGUUACCAAAGUAUUCAAAGGGAAAUCAGAUAAGAAAAGUAAAACAUCCUCUGGUCAACAGAAAAAGAAGACAUCAGUUCACAAGCCAAUGUCUGGUGGGCUGAGUGGAAGAUCAACACAAUUUCAGGGCAACAGUCGAUUUAGAUGAUUCUUGUUCUUGAAGGUGUCAUUUCCUUCCAAGGCCUUUCUGGAUGUCUUGAAAAAUUGAUUGGGCACUUACUCAUGAAAGACAAGAACAGACUUAUUAUAGAGCCCAAUGGCUGGACGCCGGUGGACUGAUUGGGAUGUUCUACAUACUUUAAGGGCAGCAGUUGAUUUAGAUGAUCCUAGUUCUUAAAGAUGUCAAUUUCUUCAAGGCCUUGACUGUUCAUGACUGAGGGAUGUCUUUCGAGAAUCAUUAAACACUUCAAGAAAAAAAUCUGUGCAUGGACGAUAUGAGUGCCACUCUGUAGUGAUCCAAGUGGACAGAGGUUUGAAGGCAACAGUUACUAUCCUGGGGAAGCCUUAACCAUUCCAGACUGAGUUGUGCCUUUGAUGAUAUCAGCAAGGUACUUCUUGAUGAAAGACUUUGCUUUUGCACUACAGUAAGGAGCAGGGGUGUCGAUCCAUAUUUCGGAUUGGGGGGGCUAAAUCAUGAAUCAACGUUCCAAAGGCACUCGAUCGUACAAAACACCCCCCCCCACACACACACACACAUAGGCAUAUUAUAUAUAUGUAUAUAUAUAUAUAUAUAUAUAUAUACAUAUGUAUAUAUGACUCAUGAGAUACAGACAUGUAUCUCACCAACAAAUUAAUGCGAGCGCGAAGCGCGAGCUGAAAUUUGUUGGUAUACUGACCUUAAAACAGGAAAAGCGUACCUGUUUAGGACUGUUUGUAAAGUAACUCAUGAGGAGGAUACAUAUCUCACUACACAGAUAAUGCGAGUGCCGAGAGCGAGCUUUAAUUUCUUUAUAUUCUGACCUGAAAGCUUGAUAUUCUAAGCAUUUUUGGUACCAAUGAUUAAGAUUGGUAUCUAAAAGAACAAAUCUCUCUCUCUAAAAGCUCGCAUAUUUCGAUCUAAAAAAAAUGACAGAUUAAUGGACUUUUUUUUAUAAAGAACAAGAUAUAUAUCCAACAAAAUAUUAUUGCAAAUCGAAGCGGGAGUUAUUUUGAGGGUUAGAACUGAAAACGGGACAUUCUAUUCACCUAUUUAAUCAUGAAAAGUAUGGGUUUUUGCUACAGAAAUGAUGCGAGCGCGAAGCGCGAGCUGAAAAUUUUUGUAUUCCAAUCUGAAAAGCGGACAUUUUGAGCAUGAUUUGCAAUAGAGAACGAGUUGUGUAUCUCAAUCUCGCUUGCUGAACAUUACACCCUUUUUUUUUUUUUUGCACAACUGGAAUUAUUGGGGGGGGGGGGGCAAAACGAUAUGUUUGCCCCCCCCAAUAUUUUCAUUGGUGGGGCGAUCGCCCCCCCAGGAUCGACGCCUCUGGUAAGGAGGGCUAAUCCGGUGAAAAAACAAGAUAUUUGAUCAGAUUACUUGAACCUGAAUUGAUGUUUUCUGAACAAUUUCAUUUGCAACAAGGAGGCAGCUUUCUUUGGUAAUGCUAUAAAUAUUAAGUAUUUAUUUGCUCAUUCCUAUAGCUUUUAAUUUCCUCUGAAUAGUAAAUUUAACAUUUUCCUGCUUGCUGUAAUGAUACCAGGGCAUGCUGUAACAAUUUUUUUUAAUCUAUCGCAAAUUUAGGACCAUGAUGUUGAUUGGAUUAUGGCCAUAAUAACGAUUGAUCAUUGUUACUUUUAAGUCAAAAUUUCAUGUUAUAGCUCCAAAUUUGCAGUUAUCAGAAAACCACUUUCAUAUCAUAAAAUGUUGUUCUCAUGAAUUCUGUUCAUGUCUAUACCCACUGCAAGCAUUAUUUUUUCUAUCUUUUGUCUGUUACGGUCUUGUUUUGGUUAUUAUGAUGAUAAUAAUUAAUACAUGACUUGGGUCAUGUAUGCUUAAAAGAGUGAUGAUGAAUUGAUUACUAGUAGAUUUUUAGUAUCAAGGUUAAAGGUGCACACAGGUCAUUAUGCCUCUUAAGCUCUCUCUCGUUCUUCCAAGAACUAAAGAACCAUCUGGGGUAUCCACUUCAUUAAUAGGCUCAUAUUUGCACAUUCGUGUGACAAUGAUCUGGUUAAGUUUUGUGGAAAGAUGAUAUUGACUGUGCACGCAAAUGUUCGCAAUCAGUUAUUAUUUUCAUCAAAGGACAAUAACUUGUGUUUCAUGAUGUUUGUACAUAUAAUGGACAUAUGCAUACUCUUGAAUAAUGAUAGACUUGUAUUCCUAUUGGAUUUUGAUUGUGCAAUAAAGAUUUCACCCUUUAUCUUACAUGAACAAUGUUUU